CUUAUUGCCGCGCCCUCUUCUCUUUCUCUCUCAUUUUCCAGAUUCACUCUUUCUCUCUCUAGAAACCGUUCUUUCCUCAUUCACUCUUCACCGUUCUAAUCAUCACUAUAUUCAUUUUUAGUGAUAUAGAGAGAGAGACACACACAGAGGAGGAGACUGCUGACCGUUAAUUCAUUAAGAUGCAACAAUCCAACGGUUCUGAUUCAUCCACGCCAAAGCAACAACCGGAGCCAAACAAACAACGCCAACCGACUCCGCCGCAACAGCCUCAUACGGUUGCGGUGCCUCAACCGUGGGUUCCGAUGCAGUAUCCGACGGCGAUGGUAAUGCCGCACCACAUGAUGCCACCUCAGCAUUACGCGCCGCCGCCUUAUGUGCCUUACCCCCACCACCACCAGUAUCAACAACCGCUUCACGUGCCGCAUCAUCAUCAGCACCAUCACCAGCAGCAUGGAUCCAACGGAGAGAAUAAGACUCUGUGGAUUGGAGAUUUGCAUAACUGGAUGGAUGAAAACUAUCUCCAUCGCUGUUUCGCUUCCACCGGCGAGAUUUCCUCCAUCAAGGUUAUUCGCAAUAAGCAUAAUGGAAUUUCAGAGGGUUAUGGAUUUGUGGAAUUCUUUUCGCAUGCCACAGCUGAUAAAGUUUUACAGAAUUAUGCUGGAAUUUUGAUGCCCAAUGCUGACCAACAUUUCCGUCUGAACUGGGCUACAUUUAGCACAGGAGACAAAGGUUCAGAUAAUGUUACUGAUCUUUCAAUUUUCGUAGGAGAUUUAGCUCCGGAUGUUACAGACAGUUUGCUGCAUGAAACUUUUGCUACUACAUAUCCUUCUGUGAAAGCUGCAAAAGUUGUUUAUGAUGCCAACACUGGCCGUUCAAAGGGCUACGGAUUCGUCAGGUUUGGAGAUGAAAACGAGAGGUCUCAGGCUAUGACUCAAAUGAAUGGUGUUUACUGUUCUAGCAGGCCCAUGCGUAUUGGUGCUGCUACUCCAAGGAAAUCAACUGGCCAUCAACAAGGAGGUCAGUCAAAUGGCACAUCAAGCCAAUCUGAAGCUGAUAAUACUAAUACAACUAUAUUUGUUGGAGGACUCGACCCUAAUGUUACUGAUGAAGAUCUUAGGCAGGCAUUCUCCCAGUAUGGUGAGAUAGCCUCUGUUAAGAUACCAGUUGGAAAGGGCUGUGGUUUUGUCCAAUUUGCCAACAGAAAUAAUGCUGAAGAGGCGUUGCAGAAGCUGAAUGGGACAAUGAUUGGCAAGCAAACAGUUCGUCUCUCUUGGGGCCGCAAUCCAGCAAAUAAACAGUUUAGAUUUGACUUCGGGAGCUGGGCUGGUCCAUAUUUCCCAUCCCCUAUUUAUGAUGGUUAUGGAUAUGCAAUGCCUUCUCCUCAUCAUGACCCAAACAUGUAUCCUUUAGCUUAUGGGGGUUACCCCUUUUAUGGUGGCCACCAACAACAAGUAAGCUGAUUGAAACGCAUGGCAGGAGUAGCACUCACAAUAAGUUACAUCAGGAUCAAUCUUCAACCAGCAAAUUAUCUGAUCACAUAUGUAUAACUUGUUUUAUCUAUUGAGUUCUUAAGAAUCCCUCCUAAUUGUGGAGUGGAGUUGAAUUUUGACAACCCGAGGUAGAACUGUAGGGAUUCAAUUAAUCGUUAUUUUAGACUUGUAGGAGUAAUGAUUUUUUGAGGAUUUUGGAACUUAAUUAUCGGAAUAAUUUUCUUAAGAAUGAGCGUGUGAGUGUGCUUGCUUGAAUUGUUUGCA